ACUUGUAUCUCCCGCACUGCCUCUGUUCAACUUUAAUCCUCCCCUAAAAACGGAGUUGAAGUCCUCUCUGUUAGGGUUCCUGUGAUCCAGACUCACCUGCUUAGCUUAGCCAUGGCGAUGGCGACGCAAACCGGAAUUGGCCUUUCCAAGAUCCUCAUCCUGGCCGGUGCAGGAUACACUGGUACUGUAAUGUUUAAAAAUGGCAAAUUAUCUGAUUUGAUCGGUGAACUUCAGUCUCUAGUAAAGGGAUUGGAAAGAUCUGGGGAAAAUUCUGAUGGUGAUUCUGAUUACACUGAUGCCAUUGCCCAACAAGUAAAGCGGUUGGCAAUGGAGGUUCGGCAACUUGCCUCAGCACGGCAAAUAACUGUUUUAAAUGGGAAUUCUGGUCAAAUGGGUAAUUUAACUGGUCUCAUAGUUCCAGCUGCUGCAGUUGGGGCAUUGGGUUACGGAUAUAUGUGGUGGAAGGGUCUCAAGUUGUCAGAUCUCAUGUAUGUAACCAAGCGCAGUAUGGCAAAUGCUGUUACAAACUUGACAAAACAUUUGGAGCAAGUUUCUGAGGCUCUGUCUGCUGCAAAGGUGCAUUUGACACAACGAAUACAGCUUGUAGAUGAUAAAAUGGAAACCCAAAAGGAGAUCUCAAAGGCAAUUCAAAAUGAUGUUAAUGCUGCUUCUGAAAAUUUAUCACAAAUUGGCUCAGAGUUGUGGCAGUUGCAGUGUUUAGUUUCUGGCUUGGAUGGGAAGAUAUGUUCAUUGGAGGAGAAACAGGAUCUUGCAAAUAUGGGCGUGCUGUAUUUGUGCAAUUUUGUUGGCGGCAAAAAAGUGAAAAUGCCUAAAGCUCUCGAGGAUCAACUUAAACCUUCUGGGAGAACUCGUUCUGAGCUUCCAAGUGGAAUGCAGGGUCUUAAGGAUAUUGCGGAUGGUUUGUUUCGAACGAUGAGUGAGCCAGCAACUGAUCUCCUGCUGCAAGAUGGAAUUGAUAAGUUGGACGAUCAACCACAGACACCACAUAGCAACCAACCAAGACCCUUGCUUAGGUUUAGUUCAGUCAAGUGUUGAUGCAACAUUCCGAUAGAUGGUUUAUGGAUCCUCAUCUUUGCAACAUGCUCGUUGAGUAAUUUGUACUUUUACAAAUAAGGGAAGUCUCGAGCAAUCGAAAAGGUUGAUGCUCAAUUUCAUAUUAUGGUUCUUGUAUACAUGAUGUUUCAUAGUGUUUUAUUUAGUUCUUAAGUUUAAAGAACGCAUCUAUUCGAUUGUGUCAUGGCUGGCCAGGUUGUAGAUAUGAAAAUAUAAUAUUCCAGUUGGACCAAAUUUUUCCAUAAAAAAAUUGGAUGAGAAACUUCAGAA